CCGCUCUCACUCACCCGGACGAACACAGUUUCGAUCAUAGUCUAACUCCCCUUUCGAACAUGCUCAACUUAUGGAUUUUUUAUCGAGAUGAGAACAGGGUCAUUGGACUAUCCAUCAAUGAGGAAAUGACUGUCGUCAAACUUGUCACGGAAUGCAUGAACCAUCUUCAGAUAAAUCCUACAAAGGCGUACAUCAAGCUGUACCAGUUGGACCAUGUUGCGUACGAAGCCGACGUGGAUUUUGACCCGAAAUGGAUCCAGGGCAAGCGUUCCGUCCCGCUAUACAAACCUUUAACGGACUAUAUUGUUUCCCCAAACACGCCACCGUGGCUCUCUUUUUGUGUGGUUAAAGGUGGACUUUUCCAAGUUCAGUGUCUGGAUCCUGCUCAUAUUAGUAUCUGUGCAGUUGACAGGAAAUCAGCAGCAUUUUUCGACCAUAGCGGUGUUGAGUCCGGAGAGCAUGAUGCGCUGAAGUGGAACCUUCCAUUGUCCAAGACUUUUCAAAACGCGGUUCUCCUCGGCAAGAAUGCGGAUGCACCGUCCAAGGCAGCGAUGCCCAGAGAGUGGAUAGAAGCACAGCGUCGUGGUCCGAAUCUAACUGGGCGGCCCCCCGAAUACCUGGGACAUCCGAUCGGGAUAUACGCUCCUGUCUUCGAAGACUUCAAAUAUUCAUUCUCCAAUAAAAACCUCGACACGAUCACCCCAGAAGAGUAUUCGUUAGCGCAUUUGCUCAUUCAUUUAGCAAAUGCGGUAUACAAUGAUGAAGAUACGCGCCGUCGUAAUAUUGAACCUGUCCUGAACAACAUGCUUGGGAAGGUUGCACUGCAGAUCGUCAAUGACGACAAAUCUGCAGCAGAUGGGUCGAUAAUGGCAGACGUACCGAACAGUCAAACGCUUCUCGCGGUGGAGGUUGCUAUUUACGAGUAUAAGCCCGAAAUCACUGUGGGAUAUUCGGAGGCCAACAAUGAAAUUGCAGCAACUGCAAGGAAGAGCUGGGUUCAGGAUCGAGUAAAUGUCCCCUCAUCGUGA